AUGAAGAAAUUUACUUCCCUGUCAUGUUUGGUAUUUAUUUCUUUUCCAGGAAGGGGUAAAAGGAAAAUGAAACCCACCUUCUCCUUGUGUUUUCUGCUGGCUGGUUUGUAUUCUGUUGUCCAGUGUCAUCAGCAUCCUCGCUACCUCAAUAAACAGGACGAUUCUAAAGGAGCACAUUACCCAGGUAGCAGUUCUCACGGGGAAGGAGUUUUUCCAAAUAAAAACAAAACUUUUGUCAAAGUAGUUCACAGCAAUGCUGAUUUUGCAUUUUCAUUUUACAAGCUGGUUGCAUCUGAAGCAACUGAUCAAAAUAUUUUCUUUUCACCCAUAAGCAUUUCUGCUUCCCUUGCAAUGCUGGCACUGGGUGCCAAGUCAGCGACACUAACACAGAUUCUGGAAGGGCUUGCCUUUAACCUGAAAAAGACUCAGGAUCAAGAAAUACAUGAAGGUUUUUGCCAGCUCCUCCAUAUGCUGAACCGUUCAGAUAGUGAUCUUCAUCUAAGCCUGGGCAAUGCCCUUUUUAUAGAAGAGACACUGAAACCACUACAGAAGUUCUUGGAUGAUGCCAAAAGCUUUUACCAGUCUGAAGUCCUUUCUGCUGACUUUAACAACUCCUCUGGUGCUGAGAUCCAGAUCAACAGUUAUAUUGAAGAAAAGACAAAUAAGAAAAUUGUUAAACUAGUAGAAAAUCUUGAUCCUCUCACAGCAAUGGUUCUUGUUAACUAUGUCUUCUUUAAAGCUCAUUGGCAGAAACCCUUCAGUGAUUCAUACACAAAAAAAGAAGAUUUUUUUGUGGAUAAGAAAACAUCUGUGAAAGUUGACAUGAUGUAUCGGAAAGGUUACUACAGAAAUUACUUUGAUGAAGAGCUGUCCUGUUGGCUGGUUCAGAUUCCUUACAAUGGAAAUGCUGCAGCAUUGUUUGUUUUACCUGAUGAAGGGAAGAUGAAACAGGUGGAAGAUGCUCUUCUGAAAAGAACUGUGGUGAAAUGGGAAAAGCUCCUCCAAGAUAGAAAAAUACACCUACAUAUUCCAAAACUUUCUAUUUCUGGUACCUAUGAUGUGAAAAAGAUAGUCAGAGAAGUGGGUAUAAUUGAUCUAUUCACUGAACAAGCUGAUCUGUCAGGAAUUACAGAGGAUCCUGGACUGAUGGUUUCAAAAGUGAUCCACAGAGCUGUGUUAAAUGUUCAUGAGAAUGGCACCGAAGCAGCAGGAGUCACAGUGAAGGAGAUUACAUGGAGAUCUGGUGAUUUUUCUCGUCCUCCUCGAGUCAGAUUCAACAGGCCCUUUCUCCUGAUGAUUUUGGAUAAAUAUGCUCAUACCAUCCUCUUCAUUGGGAAAAUUGUAAAUCCUCUGUUGAAAAGUAUGAUGAAGGCCAUCCUCCUGCUAUACUUGCUGUUGGCCAUCCUUUACCCUGCAGUCCCCAGCAUGAGACAGACUGACCAUCACAAUGAAGAGCCCAAGGUAACUCACCUCCAUGAGCAGCAUCCUCAUGAGGAAGAUUCUCUUGCUUUCUGCCAGCAUAUAAUACCCAGCAACACAGACUUUGCCUUCAGGUUUUACAGGCAAGCAACUGUCCAAGCACCUGGCAAGAAUAUUUUCUUCUCCCCAGUCAGUGUCUCUGCUGCCUUUGCCCUGCUGGCCCUCGGCUCCAGAGCCACAACCCAGGCUCAGCUGCUGGAGGGGCUGGCCUUUAAUCUCACCAACAACAGGGAGGAGGAGAUACACCAUGGCUUUCAUCAUCUCCUUCUCUUGCUGAACCGUCCUGGCAGCCAGGUGGAGCUGAGCAUGGGAAAUACCCUGUUUAUGGACAAACACCUGAAGCCACUGACUGCAUUUCUGAAGGACAUAAAAAAACUGUACAAAGCAGAAAUUAUUUCUAGUAACAUUCAGAAUUCUACUGAGGCUAAAAAAGAGAUCAAUGAUCAUAUAAAAAACAAAACCCAUGGGAAGAUAAAUCAAAUACUGAAAGACCUCAAUCCAAACUCUUUAAUGGUACUUGUUAACUAUAUUUAUUUCAAAGCCUACUGGGAAAAUCCUUUCAAUAUGAAGGGCACUCACACGGAUUAUUUCUAUGUGAAUGCAAAGACAUUGGUUGAAGUGAAGAUGAUGGUUCGAGAUAGCUUUUAUGACAUAUAUUCUGACAAGAAGCUGUCAUGCAAGGUGGUGAGGAUUCCUUACAAGGGAAAUGUUUCAGCAUUGUUCAUUCUGCCCAAUGAAGGAAAAAUGAAAUGGCUGGAGGAUGGUCUAAUGAAAGACACGCUGUCUAAAUGGGAAAAAUCACUUGAAAGACGGAGGAUGGAAGUGCAUAUUCCAAAAGUGUCCAUUUCUGGCACCUAUGACUUAAAGAAGAUAUUCAUGAAUCUGGGUGUAAUAGAUGUGUUUUCUGACCAGGCUAAUCUGUCUGGAAUCACAGGAAAGUCUGAUCUGAAGGUUUCAAGAGCUAUUCACAAGGCGCUGCUGAACAUUCACGAGAAUGGCACAGAGGCUGCAGCAGUCACUGGCACAGAGUUUGCUCCUCAUUCUGUUCCUCCUGUUAUAAAGUUCAACCGUCCAUUUUUGCUGUUGAUUGUUGAUCAGUACACUGAAAGUAUCCUCUUCAUAGGAAAAAUUGUAAACCCACUGAAAAAUGAUUGAUCAAUGGCAAGUCUUAUUGAUUUGAUUUGCAUGUAUGCAUUAAUAGUCUGAUGUAAUUAAAAUUAUAUCAAAUCUUUUAGCAAUAAUUUUAUUUUUUCUAAAAAUAAUUAAGACAGGAAUGUAGUCAUUCUUAAAAUCACCAUCCUUGCUCUCUCCAGUAGAAAACAACUACCAUGACUUAUGAAGCAGUGUAUACAUCAGUCUUCUAAUGACUAAUACAUGCUAUCAUUGAAAAAUAAGGUAAGUAUCCAGCUGAGAGAAGCAGUUUAAAACCUAUUCAGUAUGUAAUGAAUGAAAAAACAGGCUGUUACUGAGUAGUGAAUAGGAAACUAGGAAAAUCCUGUUGUUUUCUCCAGCUGUCUGUAGUACUUACCAGGUCCUGGUCCUGGAGAGGUGAUGUGGAAAUUUAGAAUGUAAAGUGGUCCACCUAGGGAUAUCUUAGGUUUUCUCUUCCACGUGGAUCUUAUUGAUGGGAAAAGGUCAUGUAUUUGCAUGAGAAAAUGAUUGCUUGGCACUCUGAGGAUGUCUGUACAAAUCUGACAUCUCCUUAUGCACCCUGAUGGAUCCAAGGUAGUGUCAAAAUUCAGCGUCAAAUCUUGGCUGCGGCUGGAGCACCAAGAAAAGAAACACCUGCUAACAAACACAGCCAGACUUUUGUGAUAUCAGCCUGACUCCAUCUCUGUUCCACCCUUUGGAUUCAGCAACAGCAACUAUUUGAGAAGUGUUAAAUACAGUUAUCUUUCUCAGUGUAUUGUUCCUCAUUGUCUUAAAGUUUUACUCUACUGAUCAUGAAGGCAAUUUGAAAUUAGAACAAGUUCCUCUGUGGAACCUGACCUUUGUAAGGCAACUGCUACCCAUCACACCAAUCUUCGUAAUCAGAGCAUUUGACUUAGUUACAGGAUAUUCAAGAAUAUUCAUGUUUGCAAUCCUCCCUUGCAUGCAGACAGAAAAUCCUAUGUCUCCAACAUUCUAAUUAAGCUGAAACUGCAAGAGAAGAGUUAGCAUUAGAUCUGGAGUGCUGUUAAGGAUAUUUUCCUGGAGGAUAGAAAUCCAUGUCUGCUCCUCCCUGAGCGGAGGAUGGCUUAAUGUUGAGUUUUCCAAAUAAAUCCUGAUGAACACUACAAAGAGUGCUGGUGAAUGGAUGGUGGAUGAAGCAAUGAUAAUCUGAAAUAUUGUUAUGGGCUUCUAGGAAAAAGGAGACAUAACUUCAAAUUAUAGGGUGGGAGGAUAGUGAUCAUUUUCUUCCAGACACUGGAAGGACAAGUUUUUUGCCAUGUUCUCAGUUAGAGGAUUCAUAGCCUGUGGUAUGAAUGUCUAGAGCUGCCAGCCUUGUGUUGUGUUCUUCAAGUUUACAUUUAAGGCAGUGAACACUUGACAAGCAUCUAAUGGAAGCAGUGACUAAAACAGACACUCAAAAAAUAUUACUUGUCAUGCCAUAUAGCUUUAAACCUCUGGUUCAUCAAGAAAUAAUAGUUCAGAAAAGAAAGGUUAUGAAUAUCUGGAAGAAAUAAAAUGGACACUGAGCUUUAUUACUAUCCCAGAGUUUUUACCUAUGUUUGUAAAUAAAAUGCUCCAAAAUA